AUGGCGUCUUCUAUGACCUGGACAGCUGCAAGCAUUCCAGCUACCCUGACUCAGAGGGGGCUCCUGACUCCCUGUGGGACUGGACUGUGGCCCCACCUGUCCCAGCCGCCCCCUAUGAAGCCUUCGACCCAGCAGCAGCCGCUUUUAGCCACCCCCAGGCUGCCCAGCUCUGCUACGAACCCCCCACCUACAGCCCUGCAGGGAACCUGGAACUGGCCCCCAGCCUGGAGGCCCCGGGGCCUGGCCUCCCCGCAUACCCCACGGAGAACUUCGCCAGCCAGCCCCGUGCUAUCAGAGGAGGAAGACUUACCGUUGGACAGCCCUGCCCUGGAGGUCUCGGACAGCGAGUCGGAUGAGGCCCUCGUGGCUGGCCCCGAGGGGAAGGGAUCCGAGGCAGGGACCCGCAAGAAGCUGCGCCUGUACCAGUUCCUGCUGGGGCUACUGACGCGCGGGGACAUGCGUGAGUGCGUGUGGUGGGUGGAGCCAGGCGCCGGCGUCUUCCAGUUCUCCUCCAAGCACAAGGAGCUCCUGGCGCGCCGCUGGGGCCAGCAGAAGGGGAACCGCAAGCGCAUGACCUACCAGAAGCUGGCGCGCGCCCUCCGAAACUACGCCAAGACCGGCGAGAUCCGCAAGGUCAAGCGCAAGCUCACCUACCAGUUCGACAGCGCGCUGCUGCCUGCAGCCCGCCGGGCCUGAGCACACUCGAGGCUCCCACCUACGGAGCCGCUGGGGGACCUCACGUCCCAGCCAGGAACCCCCUGGAAGAAAAAGGGCGUCCCCACACUCUAGGUGAUAGGACUUACGCAUCCCCACCUUUUGGGGUAAGGGGAGUGCUGCCCUGCCAUAAUCCCCAAGCCCAGCCCGGGCCUGUCUGGGAUUCCCCACUUGUGCCUGGGGUCCCUCUGAGAUUUCUUUGUCAUGUACAGACUCCCCGGGAUCCUCAUGUUUUGGGUGACAGGACCUAUGGACGACUAUACUUGGGGAGGCAGGGUAGCAGUUCUUGCAGAGUCCCAAGAGCUUCUCUGGGAUUUUCUUGUAAUAGCUGAUUCCCCAGUGAGGCCUGGGACCUUUUUAAGAUCUCUGUGUGUCUGUAAACCCUCAAUCUUAUCUGGGGUGGGGGCCCUGCUGGCAACCCUGAGCCCUGUCCAGGGGUCCCUCUUGUCAGGUCUGAGAUCUCCUAGUUAUGUCUGGGGCCCUCUGGGAGCUGUUAUCAUCUCAGAUCUCUUUGCCCAUCUAUGGCUGUGUUGUCACAUCUGUCUCCUCAUCUUUGAGAUCACCCAAUUCUCUGGAACCAUUCUGCUGCCCCUUUUUAUGUGUCUGGAGUUCCCCAAUCACAUCUAGGGCUCCUCCAAGAUCCUUUUGUCAUGUCUGAAAUCACUCUCGAGAGGUCUGGGGUGGGGGAUGGGGAGUCAGUGAAAUGUGUCAUGUCUGGGCCCUGUCAGGGACACCCUUGUCAUAUCUGGGAUCCUCCAAUCACAUCUGAGACCUCCUAGGCUCUCCAUCUGAUAUGCCCUUUCAGGGACCCCACAAAGACUGAGCUCUCAUGGGGACCCUACCCUUCCUAGUGGAACUCCCUAUGGCCAUGCUGAAGACCACUCUGGCCACGCAACUGAUUUUGGGUGAUCAUGGCAGCUCCCCACCCGUGUCACUUCUAACCAGAAGUCUCAAGGUCGUCACCCCCCUGCCCCCCAACCCAGGCCCCGGUCCCUGGUGGUGGUCUCUUUAGUUCACUGUAGCACUUGGAGGUGGAGGUGUGAGGGAUCCACAUUAACAGCAGACCAUCAGCUGGGCAACAGCUCAUACCUGUAAUGCCAGCACUUUGGGAGGCGAGGCAGGGGGAUGGCUUGAACCCAGGCAUUCAAGACAAGCCUGGGCAACAUAAUGAGACCUUAUCUCUACAAAACAUAAAAAAACAAUUAGCCGAGCAUGGGGGUGAACACCUGUGGUCCCAGCUGCUCAGGAGGCUGAAGUGGGAGGAUCUCUUGAGCCCAGGAAGUAGAGGCUGUAGUGAGCUGUAAUCGUGCCACUGCACUCCAGCCUGGGUGACAGAGCGAGACACUGUCUUAAAAACAAAAACAAGGCCGGGCACGGUGGCUCAUGCCUGUUAUCCCAGCACUUUGGGAGGCCGAGGCGGGCGGAUCACGAGGUCGAGAGAUCGAGACCAUCCUGGCCAACAUGGUGAAAUCCUGUCUCUACUAAAAAUACAAAAAUUAGCUGGGCGUGGUGGCACGUGCCUGUAGUCCCAGCUACUCGGGAGGCUGAGGCAAGAGAAUCGCUUGAACCCGGGAGGCAGAGGUUGCAGUAAGCCUAGAUUGUGCCACUGCACUCCAGCCUGGGCGACAGAGUGAGACUCCGUCUGAAAAUAAAAACAACAAAAACAGCAGACCAUUCAAAA